AUGUCCAAAGCGACCAGAAUGCUUGCCAACAUUCUGUUUAUUGGAUUUCUGGCCAGCGUCACCGGAUUCUACCUUCCCGGUUUGGCUCCGGUCAAUUUUUGCGAGCUCGAGAAACCAAAUUGUCCAGUGAGUUGUUUACUUUUGUAUGCGGAAGCCGAACAUUACUGAUAUUGAUUAUUGCAGAGCAAUGUGUCACUCUACGUGAAUCAUCUUGAUAGCGACCGCUCUGUCAUACCGUACGAGUAUCACAGGUACAAUUUUUAAGGAAAAAACAGUACAUAGAAGGAAGUGAAUAUUUUCAGUUUCGACUUCUGUACGGUCAAUGAGGACGAGUCACCGGUCGAGAAUUUGGGACAAGUUUUAUUCGGUGAACGAAUUCGGCCAAGUCCUUACAAAGUAAAUCACAUGACACCAAAGCCCAUACGGACUAUGAACAUCCGAUGCUUUAGGUCAAAUUCCUGCAAGAAGAAAAGUGCCGUUUGGUGUGCGACACCAAAAAGUAUGCGCGCGGAAACGCCGACGAUCUGACCAAGCUCCGACUCCUCCAGAGGGCCAUGACACUCAACUACCAGCACCAUUGGAUUGUGGAUAACAUGCCGGUCACAUUCUGUUUCAAAAACCUGCAGAAUAUGGAUGUGUGCACCACCGGAUUCCCAGUCGGAUGCUUCGUUGAUGAGCAGGGAUAUCAGCAUGAUGCGUGUGUGCUCAAUGUGAGUUGUUGUCCCUAAAAAAUGUGGAAAAAUGUCUGUGCACUGCGGGAACUCGGUACUGGGAGGUCCGUAAAUGUGACCCUAGGGAAACAAAGGGAUGGGCUAUGUUUUUCCCCCGUUUGCACCAAAAAACGUGGAGGAGCUAUGAUGUGUUUUAGCGUUUUCUGACUACCGCGGGAUGUAAUGAAGCCUUAGAACUACGAUUCUAAUCAUUCCAACCGUAUUUUGUAGUUGGUAUAGUCAGAGCCAUUGACGUCCGCUGGCUCACGUUUGGGCCCAGUCACAAUAAGAAAAAGAUUAGCAAAUUCUAAACGAAUAAAUUGUUCAGCAAAAGUACAGAAGUCCGAACAACUACUACAUCUUCAAUCACGUGGACAUUGAGAUCUUCUACAGAGAUAUGAGCAAUGACGCCAACUUUUUGGAGCACAAGGUACAUCACAUACAUAGAUUUGGUCGAACCCAAUCAUAUUUAGGUCGGAGGAAGAAUCAUUCGAAUUGACGUGAAACCGCGUUCCAUCAAGCACCGCUCCUCGUCCAACCUGGAUUGCAGCGAGUCCGCCGAGCCAAUCGCUAUUGAUGCCAAAUCGGAAAGCGCUGAAAUCACCUACUCCUACAGCAUCAAGUGGACGAAGACGGACAUUAAGUGGUCCUCCCGUUGGGAUUACAUCCUUCAGUCGAUGCCGCACACCAACAUCCAGUGGUUCUCCAUCAUGAACUCACUCGUUAUUGUGCUCUUCUUGACUGGAAUGGUUGGAAUGAUCAUUAUGCGCACACUGCACAGAGAUAUCGAUCGAUACAAUCGACUGGAUACUGAAGAGGAUGCGCAGGAAGAGUUCGGAUGGAAGUUGGUGCACGGAGACGUGUUCCGCACUCCACGCUACCCUAUGCUUCUAUCUGUGUUCAUCGGAGCUGGAUGCCAGACGUUGCUCAUGGUUUCUGUCACUUUAGGUACGUGAAAAACAGUAAAGAUAAUCUAAAUACCACCUUUUUCAGUGUUUGCCUGUCUCGGAUUCCUUUCCCCAGCCAACCGCGGAUCCCUCAUCACGUUCGCCCUCUUCUUCUACGUCUUGUUCGGAGUUGUCGCUGGAUACAUCUCGGCUCGUCUCUACAAAACUUUCGAAGGCAUCCACUGGAAAACCAACCUUGUCAUGACCGCCUUCCUGGUGCCCGGAAUCCUCUUCGCCAUCUUCUUCUUCUCCAACACACUCCUCUGGACAAAGGGAUCGUCGGCGGCGGUUCCAUUCGGAACUCUGGUUGUCCUUCUGAUCCUUUGGCUUUUCAUCUCUGUCCCAAUGACCUUUGUGGGAGCGUAUUUUGGAUUCAAGAAGCGUGGAAUUGAGGCUCCAGUGAGAACGAACAAAAUUCCACGUCAAGUUCCAGAACAAACGUUCUACACGAAGCCACUUCCAGGAAUGCUUAUGGGAGGAAUUCUGCCGUUUGGAUGCAUUUUUAUACAACUCUUCUUCAUUCUCAAUUCUAUCUGGUUAGUUUUUAGCGUGCCUCAAUAGAAGUAACGUGUAUUCUUUCAGGGCUCAUCAAACCUACUACAUGUUCGGUUUCCUCUUCCUCGUUUACCUGAUCCUCAUCAUCACUUGCUCUGAAGCCACCAUACUUCUUGCCUACUUCCAUCUAUGCGCGGAGGAUUAUCAUUGGUGGUGGCGAUCGUUCCUGACGAGUGGGUUCACGGCCGUUUACCUCUUUUUCUACUGCGUCCACUUCUUCAACACGAAGCUGACCAUCAGUGGAACGGUGAGUAUUCAGAAGACUUGGAAAGAGCAGGGCCGGGCCAAAACGUGAAGUUCUCCGAGCCGGCAGGCGCUAACUUUGCUGUUAUCAUCAAUUUUCAUUAACAACGCUCUCUAGCUUAGUCAGCGCUCGGAAUGUGAGAAUGCGAAACUGGCACUCUCUCGUGUACGUCCGUACAAUCGUAAUGUAUCACCGACCAACCCGCCAGCACGAGUGUAAACUCCCCAGCCGUGUCAUCUCUUUGCACUUUCCGCCGCGACACGCACAGAUAAGCACUCGCAUUGCAUAGGUGAAGUGUGUGGAGAGAUGGCCGAGCGGUCUAAGGCGCUGGUUUAAGGCACCAGUCCCUUCGGGGGCGUGGGUUCGAAUCCCACUCUCUUCAGAACUUUUUUGACUUCGUCGCUCGAAAUUGAAUGGACUGGGGAAUCUUGCAUUGCUCUACAUAAGACUUCCAUCUGUUAAUCUUCUUAAAUUCUUUCCGUUCGAUUUCUGUGGGAACUAGUGAAUCUGCUAUAAUAGCAUCACAUACAAUGACAAAAAGGGGCGCCCAUUUGACUUAUUUGCUACAGGGGUCAUGCUAUUCUACUGAUUCCUACUCACCUCUUGUAUAUUUUCUCAGUCCACCUCCUCCUUUUGUAUAUUUUCUCCGUCCACUUUCCUUCUCUUGUAGGACUUUGUCCGGACACCUUACACAUGAUUUUGGGUGGGGGGUCUACCAGUGCGGCUUGGAUGACGCUUCCUUCAGGAUCCCUGAAAGUCAGAUAAGUUAUUACAAAGACUUUUGGGGCACGUGGGUUCGAACCUGACCCCUGUCGCAUGGCAGUCUAAUCUCUUAGCCACUUAGCUAUGGGCGCCCCGCGAGCACUCGGGGCGCGGGGCCCCUAUAAACCCGGGGCGCGGGGGGGCGGCGCCGCUCCGCAUUGCGCGCAGCUCACGGCUUCCGGAGGGUGGCUAGCGCUCGGGAGAAGACGCCUAGGGUAAUUUUGCAUUCUGAUGCGAUUGGCGGUAACCAUUUCCUUGAAAACUUGAAAUAAAAUAGAUGGAGGCUGAAAAUGACUUGUUUUUGCGAGAAUUGAGGAAUUUUCGGCCUUCUAUCCACAUAUCUCGGUACCAGUUUAUCCGAUCGGUCUGAAACCAGGAACCACAAUAUUUCAAUGCUAGUCCAGCUGCGAAGUCAGGGUCCGCUCGGAUUUUCGCCUUCAAAUAGCCUGGGCUGGACUUUUGCGCACGGGCAACACCAAUGGCGCUCUUCUACAUAAAUAUGUUGCCAAGAAUUUUGCGGCGGCAAUUCAAAAAAUGAAAAAAAAACCGUUCAAAAAACAAGUUUCAAUUUUCAGAUUUCCACCAUCCUCUACUUCUCUUACACGUCUAUCUUCGUGUUCAUGUUCUUCCUGAUGACCGGAACAAUUGGAUUCCUGGCCACCUACUAUUUCGUGCGCAAGAUCUAUGGAUCCGUCAAAGUCGACUAA